GUGGUUGGGGUUUGGGGGAGGAGAUCGGCUCACACACAAGAGGAGAGUGCUGAGCCGCCAUAUCUGCUGCUGCCGCCGCAGUUGCGAAUGCAGCAUCGGCGCUUAGCUGCCUUCACGGUGCCGCUAAGGUUCGCGUCGCUACCCCUUGGCCCUUCGCUCUUGCUGCCUUAACCCCGCCGGCGGAGCCCGCUCUUUCUGGCCUGUUGAGCCCGCUCCCUCACUGCCACACAGCAAGUCUUGAGACCAUGGAUUCGGGCAGCAGCAGCAGCGACUCGGCUCCCGACUGCUGGGACCAGGUGGACCUGGAAGCCCCGGGGUCGAGCGGGGAUGGAGUCUUGUCUGCGGUGGCCGAGGCCCGGCGCGAGCCCCUCAGCUCGGCUUUCAGCCGUCAGCUCAACGUCAACGCCAAGCCCUUCGUGCCUAACGUACAUGCCGCGGAGUUCGUGCCGUCCUUCCUGCGGGGCCCGACUCAGCCGCCCACCCCGCUGGCCGGCUCCGGCCGCAACGUUGAAACCUGCACCGGCGCGGGAUACCCUCAAGGUAAAAGGAUGGGACGGGGGGCACCUGUGGAAACUUCCCGAGAGGAACCGUUAGUGUCGCUUGAAGGUUCCAAUUCGGCCGUUACCAUGGAACUUUCAGAACCUGUUGUAGAAAAUGGAGAGGUGGAAAUGGCCCUAGAAGAAUCAUGGGAGCACAGAAAAGAAGUAAGUGAAGCCGAGCCUGGGGGUGGUUCCACGGGACAUUCAGGGCCCCCAGAAGAAAGUGGCCAGGAAAUGAUGGAGGAGAAAGAGGAAAUAAGAAAAUCCAAAUCUGUGAUCGUACCCUCAGGUGCUCCUAAGAAAGAACAUGUAAAUGUAGUAUUCAUUGGCCAUGUAGACGCUGGCAAGUCAACCAUCGGAGGACAGAUAAUGUUUUUGACUGGAAUGGUUGACAAAAGAACACUGGAGAAAUAUGAAAGAGAAGCUAAGGAGAAAAACAGAGAAACCUGGUAUUUGUCCUGGGCCUUAGAUACAAAUCAGGAAGAACGAGACAAGGGUAAAACAGUCGAAGUGGGUCGUGCCUAUUUUGAAACAGAAAGGAAACAUUUCACAAUUUUAGAUGCCCCUGGCCACAAGAGUUUUGUCCCAAAUAUGAUUGGUGGUGCUUCUCAAGCUGAUUUGGCUGUGCUGGUCAUCUCUGCCAGGAAAGGAGAGUUUGAAACUGGAUUUGAAAAAGGUGGACAGACAAGAGAACAUGCGAUGUUGGCAAAAACUGCAGGGGUAAAACAUUUAGUAGUGCUUAUUAAUAAGAUGGAUGAUCCCACAGUAAAUUGGAGCAUCGAGAGAUAUGAAGAAUGUAAAGAAAAACUGGUACCCUUUUUGAAAAAAGUCGGCUUCAGUCCAAAAAAGGACAUUCACUUUAUGCCCUGCUCAGGACUGACCGGAGCAAAUAUUAAAGAGCAGUCAGAUUUCUGCCCUUGGUACACUGGAUUACCAUUUAUUGCGUAUUUGGAUAACAUGCCAAACUUCAACAGAUCAAUUGAUGGACCAAUUAGACUGCCAAUUGUGGAUAAGUACAAGGAUAUGGGCACUGUGGUCCUGGGAAAGCUGGAAUCUGGGUCCAUUUUUAAAGGCCAGCAGCUUGUGAUGAUGCCAAACAAGCACAAUGUAGAAGUUCUCGGAAUACUUUCUGAUGAUACUGAAACUGAUUUUGUAGCCCCAGGUGAAAACCUCAAAAUCAGACUGAAGGGAAUUGAAGAAGAAGAGAUUCUUCCAGGAUUCAUACUUUGUGAUCCUAGUAACCUUUGUCAUUCUGGACGCACGUUUGAUGUUCAGAUAGUGAUUAUUGAGCACAAAUCCAUCAUCUGCCCAGGUUAUAAUGCGGUGCUGCACAUUCAUACUUGUAUUGAGGAAGUUGAGAUAACAGCCUUAAUCUCCUUGGUAGACAAAAAAUCAGGAGAAAAAAGUAAGACACGACCCCGCUUCGUGAAACAAGAUCAAGUGUGCAUUGCCCGUUUAAGGACAGCAGGAACCAUCUGCCUCGAGACGUUCAAAGAUUUUCCUCAGAUGGGUCGUUUUACUUUAAGAGAUGAGGGUAAGACCAUUGCAAUUGGAAAAGUUCUGAAACUGGUCCCAGAGAAGGACUAAGCAAUUUUCUUGAUGCCUCUGCAAGAUACUGUGAGGAGAAUUGACAGCAAAAGUUCACCACCCACUCUUAUUUACUGCCCAUUGACUGACUUUUCUUCAUAUUUUGCAAAGAGAAAUUUCACAGCAAAAAUUCAUGUUUUGUCAGCUUUCUAUGUUGAGAUCUCAGUUAUGUCACUGUUGAAUUUACCCUCAAGUUUCCUUCCUCUGUACCACUCUGCUUCCUUGGACAAUUAUCAGUAAUAGCUUUCUAAGUGAUGUGGACGUAAUUGCCUAUAAUAAUGAGAAAUUAAUGUACUUUAAUUUUUCAUCUUCCUUUAGGAUAUUUAGACCACCCUUGUUCCACGCAGACCAGUCAGAGUGUGCCAGUGUUUGUACAUGUUAAAAUGAUAACUAACAUGUGAAUAAAAUACUCCAUUUGAAACUCUAUGGUUAUUUGAAAUGCUUUUGAAUAAUGUUUAAUUUCAUUAUGUAAUGCUAUUCAAUUAGCUUUAUUACUUUCUCAAAUAGUUGAAUAUGUUCUAUCACUUUUAAUAACUCGUCACCACUUACUGUUUUAAGUGAGGAAUUUACAAACAAUGCAUAAAUGUGUAUUAAAAGAAAAAUUUUAAUUUUGAGAAAAACUUAUGUUAAGGCUCUUCCCAGUGAGCUUUGUUUUCUCUGUCCAAGUCCAGUCAAUAAAGGAGCUCUUCUGCUUCCCAACUUGUGAUUUGAAAA